CGUUUUUCAGAAAGUGGAAGCUAAACAAAUGUUUCGCUUCGACACAUUCGACGCACGUUUUUGCCAAAAUGAAAUCGCGUUUCCCCGCAUUUUCGUCUACUUCACGUUGUUGAAAUAUGAAGAUGGACGUCGGCAGCCUCGUUUCACGCAGAGAAGACAUUUCUGCACUGUUCCCUGCGGAAACACCGAGUGCCAAAUACAAAGAUUUAAGCCUCCGGUUUUCUGCCGUUAGAAAAGUGAGCGGCGACGGGAACUGCUUCUACAGAGCCUUCUGCUUUGCUUACCUGGAGUCCGUUUUACACAAACCCAGAGCUCUGCAGAGGUUCAAGGAGAAGAUCAUCCAAAGUGGCACAGCUUUGACUUCAGCCGGAUUUGACGAGAGUUCCUUCAGCCAUUACCAGAAUACAGUUGUUUAUGUUGUGGAGCAGUGUCUGGCUGAUGAGCAGGAAAACACUUUAUUCAAACUCUUCAAUGAGCAACUCAUCUCUGAUGAAGUGGUUCAGUAUCUCAGGCUGCUCACAUCAGCCCACCUCCAAAACCAUGCAGACGACUUCUGUCACUUUGUCGAAGCGCCUGAUCUUAAAGUCUACUGCCGCCAGGAAGUGGAGGUGAUGACGAUGGAGUGUGAUCAUGUGGAGAUCUUGGCCUUGUUGCAGGCGCUGGAUGUGGGCAUUCACAUCGUUUCUAUGGAGGGUGAUGAGCAGCUGGCUCACCACAUCAUUCCAGAGGGGGCAGAUUCAUCCCUGCACCUCCUCUACCAAACGUCACAUUACAACAUCCUCUACCAACGAACUCCGCUCUGACCAGAGGUCCCCCGGGACACAGCUUGGCUCAGUGAAUAAACCGCACUUAAGACUA